AUGAAGGUUCCUCGCCGGAGACUAUAUGCUUUGGGUUGCCGAAGGCCAUUCUCUAGCACCCCUCAAAGACGCAAGAUCAAGCAUCUUCUAGAGCUCCCAGAUCGGAUACAUCCCAGCUAUCACGAGACAAAGGGCAAUGACCUCCUAUCUCUCCGGUGGCCCUCUCCGCCGAGAAAUAUACUCCUGGUGAAGAAAGAAAAUACCUUGGCAACUACAGAAGCGGUCGUGGAUUUCGCCAAGUACGCUCAGCGUUCUCGCCCUUCCCCACAAGACUCGGGCGCUGACCGCUGA